CCAAAAAAAAAAGAAAACAGCCAGCGUGUAGGAUUUUUCCCCCCCUACUACGAGAGAUGCCAAGGAGUACCGGUUGUGGGACUAGCGAUGGGGAAAUGCAGUUGUUGUAGUAGGCCUACUGGGCGAUAUAUUGAAGUUUGUGAUCCAAACGCAUUGAAAUGAUAAACUUAAGCGCUAAUGUUAUAGCUAUUUUGGGCUGGAGACAAUUUAGCUGACAAGCUAAUGUAAGUGCAGAGAAUUUCUGUUUGGCUGGCUAGCUAGCUAAAUGGAUAAUUGACCUAAAGGAACAGCUUGUGAAUAUGACUUUCUAUAGUCAUAUUGAUGCAGUGAUACUACAGAACUAUAAUCUUAAGCGAUGCCAAACAUUUUAGGCUUUAAUGGGAGAUAGUUGUCGGCUCGCUGAAAUGAAAUUGUACGGAUUUGAGUAUGAUUAAAUCAGAGCUGUAGUUCAAAGCUGCUUACUUUACAUUAAGGAGGAAAAUGGAGACGAGUGUCCGUAAAGGGAACAACAUGUUUAUUCUCUUACAUUUGGAGGAGUUUUAACAUUAUUGGAUUCCCCAGCGGCUACAACUUUAAACAGAGACAUUUAAAGUGCCAAGAUAGCCUAUUUAAAUUGAGUCACUUCAACAACGAAGUUAUUUUGCCAUCAAGCCUCAAGAUGAUGUAUUCUUCGCGUAGAAAACCAGUGCUUUAUUUCAAAGAAGACAGAAGUGCUCGCUUUGUCAGGUUAUUCACAGGGAAGUGCACCGUGUUCAAGCUGUUUGGCCUGUGCUUGCUGCUGGUGGUGGGCUCCCUGCUGUGGCUCCAGCUGAGCUGCUCUGGAGACCUGGGCCACGCCGCAGCGGAGGCCGGAGGCCGAGCCCAGUACCAGGCCCAGCCCUGCCCCCACGACAAGCCCAUUCCCGGGCAGGACAACCCGGCCUGGGGCCCCCACAAGCUGGCCCUGAUCAUCCCCUUCAGGGAGCGCUUUGAGGAGUUGCUGGUGUUUGUGCCCUUCAUGCACACCUUCCUCAACAAGAAGCGGAUACAACACAAGAUCCUGGUGAUCAAUCAGGUGGACCACUUUCGUUUCAACAGAGCGUCCCUCAUUAACGUGGGAUACCAGGAGAGUGGGAACGACACGGACUACAUAGCCAUGCAUGAUGUGGACCUCCUCCCCAUGAACGAGGCACUGGACUACAGCUUCCCAGAGGAGGGGCCCUUCCAUGUGGCCUCGCCAGAGCUGCACCCCCUCUACCACUACAAAACCUACGUAGGAGGCAUCCUGCUCCUCUCCAAACAGCACUAUCAAAUGUGCAAUGGCAUGUCCAACCGGUUCUGGGGUUGGGGAAGAGAAGACGACGAAUUCUUCCGGAGACUCAAGACUGCUGGACUACAGCUAUUCAGGCCGACUGGGAUAAAAACGGGUUACAAAACCUUCCGCCACAUCCACGACCCUGCAUGGAGGAAGAGAGACCAGAAGAGAAUAGCAUCUCAGAAGCAGGAGCAGUUUAAGGUCGACCCCUCGGGCGGCCUGACUAACCUGCGCUACACUGUGGAUUCCAGGCAGGAGCUGAGCAUCAGUGGGGCUCCCUGCACAGUCAUCAGCGCCAAACUGGACUGUGACCUGGACGACACGCCCUGGUGCCAGUUCAACUAGUCUGCUGGCCUGCCAGCACUCUCAUUGGCUCUCUUUUGGGCCCCUCUCAUUGGACGGAUUUUUGGCAGGAGACACUGUCACGCAUUUGACAUUUUGUGAUUGAUUUUGAUUUUUCUUUAGUUGUAUUUUUACUCAGGCAAACUCUGGGUACUGGGUUAGUCCCUUUGGUUGUGGAAUAAUGAAAUGUUUGACAUGAGACAAAAAGUGGACACGAGUGACAAAAAUGUUGCGAAUCCAUACAUCCAAAGGCUUUAGAUAUCUUUUUUUAUGCAAAUGCAAAAUUGCUGUAUAGCUGCCUGAUUUCUUCUCAGAACAAAUUAGCUGGAUUUCGUGAACUGCACAGAAGUUAAAUGUUUUCCGAUUCCAGCCUCUUUUUAUGCUUAUGUUUUGUUUGUUUGUUUGUUUUUAUUUUAAUUUUUUUGUGGAGUCAAGUUACAUGGUAGGAUGCAGCAGUGACCUUUAUUUCACAGGGAUCCAACAGUAACUUAAUGCAGUGGUUCACAUCUGCUGUCUACAGUGAUGGAGGGGACAUCUUGAAGUGGGAUACUAAGAUCAUCACUGGAAGGACAAAAUCCUCAAAUAUUACAGAUGGUUUUAGGGUACUCUCAUGUGCGUUUGCACCUAUUUAUAUAACAUUAAGUGUCUGGAAUUUAUUUGCACAUUGUUUUAUUCUUAUAAAACCCAUAAAAUGAUUUCAAUCCAA